UUGUUUGAGCGAAGUGUAUGGUUGUGUUGGUGAAUGUGUGUUUUUAUAACUAAAAUCAAUUAGUCAUUUGUAUGUUAAGAGGUUUAAACAACUCUUGCUGAACAAAAUUUUAAGUUAGAGCAAAUAUUUAGUGUUUUGAAUGUGUAAAAACAUUGAGUUGUGAUUGAUCUUACUUGGUGUGUGUGAAAAAGACCUUGCAUUUAAACCGGGUUACCAGGAUGCUGGGGAAGCAAUACGAGAUUUAAUGGCUCAUGUACCAGUUAUCAAAUUUGUCGACGCUUUAAAUUGAAUGAGAUUGUAUAGAUUUCUUAGCAUAUAAUCGGUGAAUUGCAAUGGGAGGAAAAAAGAAGAAAUCGGAAGCUAAAUCGGCGACAGCUCCCUUCAUGCCAGCUGCCGGUGCCAGCAGUGCUACUCCUGCUGCCGGGAACGCGUUGAUCGAAUCUACUGGAAAGAAACAACAGCACAAACCAAACUCCGCGAAAUCAACUGCAAGGGCUCCGAAAACUUACAGCUUCGUAAACACACCAUCGUCUGAGUCAGGAAGUGCUUCCAGUCUUGACAAAUCUGUUCUGAAGGUUGUGAUUCAAGCAGACUUAGAGAAAAACAUUAUCCAGCUGAUCAAUGAGUACAGGAAACAGUAUAGUGAUAAAGGACCAAUUUCAGGAAGACUUACUACCAAAAAGCUGUUGGAUCUUUACACAGCUUUGCAAGGCUUCUCCUUCAAGACAGAGCACAUUGAGGAAGCCAUGAAAAGCAGUGUUAUGUACGGAGGGGAUCUUCAUUCAGCCCUCGACUGGCUUUGCCUAAAUCUGUGUGAUGAGGAGCUUCCUGAGGGCUUCAGUCAAAAAAUGCAAGAAGAGAAUCAAAAAAAGAAGCCUAAGUUUCAGCCACCUCCAGAGAAGAAAGAACAGGCACGUACUGAAGUGAGACAGACCAGUGCGAAGCAGGAAAAACUGACACAUGUGAAAGAGGAGAGUGUAACUAUGAAGGAGUGGAUAUUGAGAUAUGCUGAGCAGUCCAGUGAAGAUGAUGAUGAGAAAGCAGAGUGUGGAAAAUCCGCAAAGAAUCCAGAGGAGGAGGCAAAAUUUGAUCCUAAUGAUCGGUACCUGUUGCUGACAGCUCAGCUUUUGGAUGCGAAGGAAUUAGCAGCUUCUGCAAAGCAGAAAAGGGACAAACAAGGGCAAAGAACAGCUCAGGACAGAAUAAGGAUCAUACAGCAGGAAAUGAAGCCCUUAGAAUCUCAUCCUAUGUUCAAUCCAGCAAUUAAAUUGACAGAUGUGCCGAAAGAAGGAAAAAAAUUGUCUCCACCUCUUGAGGGAAAAGAUGACUUUAACUUUAAUUUGUUGGAAAAGGCACAAGCAGCUCCUCAAGAAAAGGUGAAAAAAAAUGAACCCAAAGAUAUAAGGAACUUUGACUAUACGGCAAGGAGCUGGACUGGCAAAUCUCCCAAACAGUUUCUGAUUGACUGGUGCAGAAAAAACCUCCCCAAAAGCCCACCUCCUUCUUUCCAAAAGGUGCCAGCUGGUAGAUAUUGGAGAUCCAGGGUUCGAGUUCAGAAGUCGAGUGAUGAUGUUUUAGAAGUAUGCCCUACAAUUCUUACUGAAGACAGCAUGCAGGCCCAGCACCUGGGAGCCACUCUGGCACUUUACAGCUUAGUCAAGGGACAGUCAGUUCAUCAGCUGCUGCCACCCACAUACAGGAAUGUUUGGCUGGAAUGGCAAGACAAUGAGAAGAAAGAAGAGGAACACAGCAAAUCAGAAAUUAACAAGCCAAGGGAUCAGUUCAUUUCCAGGCUGCUUAGCAGGCUGAAACAGCAGCAGACACAAAGUCAAAAGCAAUCACAACCUAGCCAAAGCGCCUCUGAAACAGGGGAGGAGCCAGAGGAUUCCUGGGAAGAUCUGAUAUCUGCAGAAGAGGAACCAGGCAAGCAGUCCGUCUCUAGCUCUGGCUGUGGGAAAAUGGAGUCCGUCAGAACUCAGUUCCUCUCCCUGAGGGACUCUUCAUUGGCCAAGAAACUGCUGAGGGACAGAGAGCAGCUGCCUGUGUUCCAGCACAAAGACCGGGUACUGGACAUGGUGCGGAGACAUCGUGUGGUGGUGGUGGCAGGAGAGACGGGCAGUGGGAAGAGUACCCAGAUACCCCAGUUUAUCCUGGAAGACCUGCUGAUAGGUGGUUCUGAAGCCCAGUACUGUAAUAUUGUAUGUACUCAGCCACGCCGAAUCUCCGCAAUGAGCUUGGCUACCAGGGUGUCCCAGGAGUUGGGCUGUGAAGACGGGCCAGGAGCAAGGACUUCACUCUGUGGCUACCAGAUCAGAAUGGAGUCUAAAUGCGGAGAUUCUACAAAGCUGCUGUAUUGUACCACUGGUGUACUACUGAGGAAACUACAGAUUGACAGUCUUCUGAGCUCUGUCUCACAUGUCAUUGUUGAUGAGGUUCAUGAGCGAAGCGUCCAGUCAGAUUUCUUACUCACCAUCCUGAGGGAUAUCUUACAGAAGCGCUCUGAUCUUCACCUUAUUCUCAUGAGUGCCACUGUUGACUGUGACAAGUUUGCGACCUAUUUUAGGCGCUGUCCUGUCAUAAGCAUCCCAGGGAGGACUUUUCCUGUGGACGUGUUCCACCUUGAGGAUGUGGUGGAGCAUACUGGCUAUGUGUUGGAGCAGGACUCUGACUAUAGUCAAAAAUUCCUGGAAGAAGAGGAAGAAAUCAGUGUGACUGUCACAGGAAAAGGAGGAAGGACUGACGUACACCAGGAGUUCAUUGUGAGAGACUUCGGGUGUGGCUGGGAUGUAGGAGCUAACCUAGACAACUACUCCAACCGAACACGACACGCCAUUCAGUACAUGAACCCCAACAAGAUCAACAUGGACCUCAUCCUAGAGCUGCUGCUUUUCCUUGAUAAGGCUCCUCAGUUCAGAGGUGUGGAUGGUGCUGUUUUGAUUUUCUUGCCGGGCCUAGCUCACAUUCAGCAGCUCUAUGACAUCUUGUCAACAGACAAAAGAUUUCGGAUGAAAGAAAGGUAUAAACUGGUUCCUCUUCACUCCACUCUUUCGUCUCAAGACCAAGCUGCAGCAUUUACAUUACCCCCUCCUGGUGUCAGGAAGAUAGUGCUGUCUACCAAUAUUGCAGAAACGGGAGUCACAAUACCUGAUGUUGUUUUUGUCAUCGACUCUGGAAAGACCAAAGAAAACAGGUACCAUGAGAGCAGUCAGAUGAGCUCAUUGGUGGAGACCUUCGUAAGUAAGGCCAGUGCCCUCCAGAGACAGGGUCGUGCCGGGCGCGUCAGGGAAGGCUUCUGUUUCCGCCUCUUCACAAAAGAAAGAUAUGAAGGCUUUGUAGAUUACUCUGUGCCAGAAAUUCUGCGAGUUCCUUUGGAAGAGCUCUGUCUGCAUAUUAUGAAGUGCGAGUACGGCUCUCCUGAGGAGUUCCUGUCUCGAUCUCUGGAUCCACCCCAGCCCCAAUCUGUCAGUAAUGCAGUGAGUCUGCUCCGGAGGAUUGGGGCCUGUGAACACGACAGCCCCACCCUCACCCCAUUGGGACAGCAUCUAGCAGCUCUGCCCGUCAAUGUCAAGAUUGGGAAAAUGCUUGUCUUCGGCGCUAUAUUCGGAUGUUUAGAACCCAUUGCUACUAUUGCAGCUGCAAUAUCUGAAAAAUCUCCAUUUGCAACUCCAAUGAACAGAAAGGAUGAUGCAAACCUUGCUAAAGCUGCUCUGGCUAUAGCCAAUUCGGACCACCUGACCAUUUAUAAUGCGUACUUAGGGUGGAAGAGUGCACGCAGUGAGGGGUGGCGAGCUGAAAUGGCUUAUUGCAGGAAACACUUUCUGAAUCGCACGGCCCUUCUGACCAUUGAGGAUGUGAAGCGGGAGCUGACGAGGAUGAUGGAAGCAGUGGGGUUCUCUUCACCAGUGUCAAGAACAAGCCAGCCUUCUCCCAAGAGCUCUCUGUCUGCCCAGGAGAUUGCCAUUGUCAACACUGUACUGACAGCGGGCUUGUAUGAUAGUGUGGGCAGGAUUAUCUACACCCCUUCUGUGGAUGUCAAUGACAAGACAGUGUGCACUGUGGAGACAGCACAAGGCAAGGCACAAGUCCAUCCCUCCUCUGUCAACAGGAACCUGCAGACCUAUGGCUGGCUGCUCUUCCAGGAAAAGGUGAGGUAUUCCAAGGUGUAUCUACGGGACACUACUCUGAUCUCUCCAUUCCCAAUGCUUCUGUUCGGAGGAGACAUUGAUGUGCAGCACCGUGAGAGACUCAUCUCUCUAGAUGGAUGGAUCCACUUCCAGGCACCAGUGAGAAUUGGAGUAAUAUUUAAACAACUGAGAAAGCUGAUAGAGAGUGUUCUGGAGAAAAAACUUGAGAACCCCAAAAUAAACUUAAAAGAUGACAAGACUAUAAAGAUCAUAACAGACCUGAUUAAAAGUGAAAACGCCAUUUGAUUUAAUUUUUUCAUAUAAAUUAGUGUUGUAUUUAAAAAUGACUUGGUCAUAUGCCUCUUUUAUAAGGACUCCAAUAAAAACAAUUGGGGAUGUGAUCAUGUAAAAUAAUAAGAUAAAAGGGCAAAUUGGUUAAUUUUAGUUUAAAACUGUUGCCAAAAUUGCAGUAACACUUUAAUAGCAUGACUGCUUCUUCUGUGACAUUAUGGAUUUUAAUCUGUAGGCAGUCAUAACCACAGAAGCUAUUGUGUUUUUGUUUUGGUACAAAGUUUUUGUAAAAUAAGACUGUUACUAUUUUCUGACUGAGAGCUUCAUCUGAAGUGUCUGUGUAUUUUUGGUGACUGAUAACUUUUGGCAGUGCACAGUUUGUACCUAAUUGGAGAAUAAAAAGGCUUCACCAUGGUAGAACCCAGAAAUAUCUUCUAUUUAACCAGCCUUGAAACCACAGUGCUACUAGUGUAGAACCUACAGUAUGGAGGUACUAAAGAAGGGUUUUUUAUUGUGUCAUCAAACACCCUUAAAUAAUAAAGCUGAAAUCUGUGUUAACUGCAUUGAGACAUCUAGAUGUAUACAAAAUUAGUACAAUAAAUAUUGCUAUAGAUGCCUUGAAUGUGAAUAUAUGAGUGUGACUGUAAUGAAAAUAACCUUUUUGUUCA